GCCGUAGAAACAACUGGACGAGGGCAGAGAGAAGAACAGACGACGAUGUCCGCCACCGUUGCCGAUUUAGCGGCGCGUUCCUCUGCCGCCGCCGCUUCUAGUCAGGCAUCGCGUUACGUCCUGAAGUCGUCCUCUGACCUCACGCCCGCUGUUGCCGCUGCCGUCGUCGGCUAUCGGUACAAGGAAGCUGUUGGAAAAGGUUUCCGCAAGAUCACAGGAAGACGAACUCUUAACUUCUUGCCGGAUAGAUCCAGCAUCGUGUGCCAGCCUAACUCAGCUGCAUUGCCUAGUUUGUCCCUCAGCCAAAGUCCAUAUGGACUGAAUCCGAUCCAGCAUAUCAUUACUUCAAAAGAAAGCCCUUCUAUGAACAUUUCCUCCACAUCAACCUCACUUUUCAAAUUUCAAGAUGGUGAAUCCUCAUACAAUCUUCCAAAGCUACCCAGAAGAGCAUCCAUAAAACCAGCAAAAGCAUACAAGAGCUUCCACUCUCCAGUCUUGGCCGAGAAGCCAGAAUGGUGGUGGAGGACAUUAGCAUGUGUCCCUUAUUUGAUUGCCUUGCAGAUAUCAGCUGCAGGAUACUACAUCCAGCCCUUACUAGAACACUAUGGCUGCUUCGAAAACUUGAUCUUCUUCGUUCCUGGAGCAAUCACACGGCUACCCAUGUGGUUUACAUUGCUCUACUGCUUCUUUGCCUACGGUGGGAUUGUGAAGAACAAAGAAUGUCCUCACUUCUUCAGGUUCCAUCUCAUGAUGGGAUUGCUGUUGGAGACAUCUUUGCAGAUAGUAUGGUUCAUUAGCAAUUUCUUCCCUUUGAUUCACUACAAGGGCAGGUUGGGAAUGUACUAUUGGGCAGGAGUUGGGUUUGCUUAUAUACUGGUUCUGCUGCAGUGUGUGAGGUGUGCCCUUGCAGGGGGCUAUGCUCACGUACCUUUCAUUUCAGAGAAUGCGUAUAUUCAUACCCAGUUCAACAUUGGUGGUUUGCAAAGGCCCUGGUGAAAGAAAGAUGAAUGUUGAUGGCUUGGAAAGAGAAGAGGGCUAGUAUCUAUUGGAUAUUGAUGAAAAGAUGGUUUGUAGAGUAGAUUAGAAGAAGUUUUUCUAACCUUUAUCAUUAUGUAAGCUUCAGUUUUAUCCUUUCUAUUCCCCAUAGUCCCAGGGGUUUCGAACCUUGAUGACAUUAUUUUAUUGAUAUAUUACUAUGUAUCAUUUAUAAAUAAAUC